CUUCCUCUUUGCCUCUUCUCUGCAUUUUUGGAAACUCUUGACUUGUUGGGCUAUUUGGACACUAUCGUCAGCAUAUAUCAUGUACAAAGCUACAAGGCGACCGAUUCCUGAUCGAACACCUCGGCUUGUUUAUUCGUAUUUCUAUUAUGCUUUCAAGCUCUGCUACUCCUCGGGUGUUGUGGGAUAUUUGCUCAUCUUAUCGGAGUUCCUCCAAAUUCCAGCGAUUUUCGGGGUGGAAGUGCAGGUGGUGUAUGUGGGGGGCAUGUUGUUUUUCUUCGGGCUUUACUUCGGAGUGCUGUCCCGAGACUGCUCGGAGAUGUGCACCGACCGGAUGGCUGCCAGCAUGGGGUACGGCAGGAAGGGCAGCAUGCCCUCCCGGGGUUACGACCCCACCGUCUGUCUGCUAUGCGGAGAUGCGCUCAACUACAACUGGGCUCUGAUGAACUCGUCGAUCCAGAGCCAGAGGAUCAACGCGACAGAAACGGCUGAGAGGACUGUCAAUCUGAGUUGUGGACACUCCUUUCAUGAUUUCUGCAUUCGAGGAUGGACUAUCAUUGGCAAGAAAGAUAUCUGCCCGUUCUGCAGCGAGAAAGUCUCACUUCGAGCCAUGUUUCGAAAUCCAUGGGAAACCCAAAACUUGAUGUGGGCGAACCUACUGGAUGCAGUCCGAUAUCUCAUCGUAUGGAACCCGGUGAUUGUUGGUAUGACUCAACUGUCAUUGUACGAGCUCGGCUACCUUGAAAAUCCAAAAUAG